UGGCAGUGAUUUUAAUCCCCAGGACAGGCAGGGAAUAAAUUCAGGGCACCAAGGUCUCUCGGCAUCCAGGGACCCGCUGUCACAAUGGCUGCAGGAAGACUUUGGAUCAUGUGUCUGCUGCUCCUGUCCUUGCACCCGAGCCUUGCCUGGGUCCUCGAUCUUCAAGAGGCUUCUGUGGCAGAUGAGCUCUCAUCUGGGAAGAUGGCAGAGAAUGGAGGGACCUGGAAGCCCCAUCAGGGUACCAGUCACGUCCGCCUUCCAAGAACCUUGGCUGGUUCAUGCCGACUGUGGAGCCUGACCCUACCAGUGGCUGACCUGGGCCUGGGCUACGCCUCGGAGGAGAAGGUCAUCUUCCGAUACUGUGCUGGCAGCUGUCCCCAAGAGGCACGUACCCAGCACAGUCUGGUACUGGCCCGGCUUCGAAGGCAGGGUCGAGCCCAUGGCCGACCCUGCUGCCAGCCCACCAGCUAUGCUGAUGUAACCUUCCUUGAUCGUCAGCACCACUGGCAGCAGCUGCCUCAGCUCUCGGCUGCAGCUUGUGGCUGUGGUGGCUAA